UGAUAAUUGGGGCGAUAAUUGACAGGUGGUUUGACGUUUAUGCGCCGCCAUAGUUGUUAGACAGUGAACUGCCAUAUUGUGUGUGUGUCGAUACACAAGAAUUUGUUUCGAUAAAUAAUUUUCGGUUUAGUUGAUUGAAAAAAUCGAGGUGGUUAGAGCAACUCUCUUUAUUCAUGGAAUAGUGGAUACAUUCGAGGAGCUAACGGCGAUUUUUGGGAUCGAGCUGUCGCCGGAGGUGGACGAGUUAACGGGGUUUUAAUAAAUUUCUUGGAAAACACCUUCUGACCACAAAGAUUCACGAUGUCGGCGGGACCGUACAAUUACUCCUACAUAUUUAAAUACAUCAUUAUCGGUGAUAUGGGUGUAGGUAAAUCCUGUCUGCUGCAUCAGUUUACCGAGAAGAAAUUUAUGGCGGACUGUCCACACACGAUUGGAGUGGAGUUUGGCACGAGAAUAAUCGAAGUCAAUGGUCAGAAAAUAAAAUUACAAAUAUGGGACACAGCUGGACAGGAGAGGUUCCGAGCUGUCACGAGGUCUUACUAUCGUGGGGCAGCAGGGGCAUUAAUGGUGUAUGAUAUCACUCGGCGUUCCACUUACAAUCACCUGAGUAGCUGGUUAACAGACACGAGGAAUCUCACCAAUCCCAGCACUGUGAUAUUCUUGAUUGGCAACAAAAGUGACCUGGAGGGUCAAAGAGACGUUACCUACGAGGAAGCAAAACAAUUUGCUGACGAGAAUGGUUUAAUGUUCGUCGAAGCCAGUGCAAAAACGGGUCACAACGUGGAGGAAGCCUUUUUAGACACGGCGAAGAAAAUAUUCCAGAGUAUAAGAGAUGGACGUUUGGAUCUGAAUGCUGCUGAGUCUGGUGUUCAGCACAAUCCUAGCCAGCCAGGUCGUACCAAUCUACAAGGCGUCACCAGUGAGCAACAGGGAGGCAAGGACUCCUGCUCCUGUUAGACUUAUUACUAUUCUCCUGUAUAUAGGCCCACGAAAUAAGCAAUUACAAGAAGAAAUUUCAUUAAUCAAACAUAUAUUACUUACACAGACUAUAAAUAAUGGAACUUGACGUCCCAAAUUUACACCAACACGAUAAUAAAGAGAACACUCGUCCCUUUGUCAGUUUGAAGGAGAAAAAAUCCUAACGUCCAUUGAAUCUACCCCUUCUUUUUAAUAAUUAAAGGAGCAGUGGUGCAAACGAAUUGUUAAUUCUACUUUGUUUCUGGUGACGAUAAAUACUCGGUUCAAGUACUCGUGUUAUUGGCAAUUAAUUAAUACAUAUGAAAGAUUACGAAAACAGUCAAAACAAAAUUGUGAAAAAGUUUGGGGCAGAUGUACCGUUAUCAUUAAUUUUGCUGUAAAAUCACUCAUCUAAAUAUUUGACGAAAUGUGAAAUAUUUUCUUGUGUUCAACUACUUCUCAACUGAUUCUACUCGUUGAUGAGUGAUUUUAAAGCAGAAAAACUGUUGAAAUUUGAAAGAUUCUCUUAAAAAAAGAUAUUCAACAUUUUGCUUUUUAAUCAUUCGUUAUCAAAAUAUUUUUAUGUUUAACAAAAUGUCAAAUUUGUUAUUGUAGUUCUUUCUGUUGUAUAUUAUAGUUAUAACAUCACUCGUCAACUAAAUAUUUGACAGACUGUAAAUUAUUUUCUUGUAUUCAACCACUUCUCAACUGAUUCUACUCGUUGAUGAGUGAUUUUAAAGCAGAAAAACUGUUGCAAUUUGAAAGAUUCUCUUGAAAAAAAGAUAUUCAACAUUUUGCUUUUUAAUCAUUUGCUAUCAAAAUAAUUCCAUGUUUACUAAAAUGUCAAAUGUGACUUUAUUGUCUAUUUUGUUAAAAUCACUCAUCACCUGAACAUUAAAAACAUGAAAUAAUUUUCUUAUGUUCAACUACUUCUCAACUGAUUCUAUUCAUUGAUGAAUGAUUUUACAGCAGAAAAACUGUUGAAAUUUGAAAGAUUCUCUUGAAAAAAAGAUAUUUAACAUUUUGCUUUUUAAUCAUUCGUUAUCAAAAUAUUUUCAUGUUUAACAAAAUGUCAAAUUUGUUAUUUUAGUCCUUUCUGUUGUAUAUUAUAGUUAUAAAAUCACUCGUCAACUAAAUAUUUGACAGACUGUAAAUUAUUUUCUUGUGUUCAACCACUUCUCAACUGAUUCUACUCGUUGAUGAGUGAUUUUAAAGCAGAAAAACGGUUGAAAUUGAAAAGAUUCUCUUGGAAAAAAGAUAUUCAACAUUUUCCUUUUUAAUCAUUUGCUAUCAAAAUAAUUUCAUGUUUACUAAAAUGUCAAAUGUGACUUUAUUGUCUAUUUUGUUAAAAUCACUCAUCACCUGAAAAUUUAAAAAAUUAAAUCAUUUUCUUAUGUUCAGCUACCUCUCAAUUGAUUCUAUUCGUUGAUGAGAGAUUUUAAAGCAAAAAAGCCUGUUGAAAUUGAAACAAUUCUCUUGAAAAAAAGAUAUUCAACAUUUCGCUUUUUAAUCAUUCGCUAUCAAAAUAAUUUUAUGUCUACUAAAAUGUCAAAAGUGACGUUAUUGUGCAUUUUGUUGUAAAAUCACUCCUCAUCUGAACAUUUCAAAAAAUCAAAUCAUUUCUUUAUGUUCAACUAGUUUUUGACUGAUUCUCUUCAUUGAUGAGGGGUUUUAGGGCAUUACAUUUUGUUGUAGAAUCACUCGUCAACUAAAUACUUGACAGAAUGUAAAUUAUUUUCUCGUGUUCAACUACUCGUGUUCAACUGGUUCUCCUCGUUGAUGAGUGAUUUUAGAGCGGAAAAAGCUGUGGAGAUUGGGACGAGUCUCUUGAAAAGAAGACAUUUAAUAUUUAGCUUUUUAAUUCUUCGUUAUAAAAAUAAUUUCAUGUUUAACAAACUGUUAAAUCUAACGUUAUUGUCCAUUUUGUUGAAAUAUCUCUCAUUUGAACAUUUAAAAAAAUAAAAUAAUUGAUUCUCCUGCAAUUACUUCGUAAGAAAUAUCAAAAGCCAUUUUUUCAGAGAAUUUUCUAAACUUAACAAAACGUAAUUAGUGACAUUUGCCUCAAAUGAAUUCACAAUUUUGUUGUUUCCUCAAAUUCAAAAAGAUAUUUAUAGAAUGUGGGAUUGAUGAUUUAAGCCCGUCUCAAUGAAUCACAAGAUUGGGCCUAAAUAGUUCUAAUUACCGCCCUUAAGAGAGAAGUUUUAUUAAUUUAAAUCGCAAUGAAAAUAAAAUGAUUAAUAUGUAAACCAUAAUGGAAGAUGCCUUGAGUAACCUUCCCCAUGGAAGUCAAAGUAAUGGAGAAAUAGUCUAUUUUGUGUCUUUACUUCCAUGAUUUAUUGAUGUGCAUUCAGUCACGUGUAUAUGUUUGAACUGGACAAAUUCGAUGUUCCAAAAGUAAUGAUCAAGCAUUUGAGAAUUGUAAAGAUCAACGAAUUUAGCACCUUUUUCUAAACUGCGAGGUGAAAACGUUUAUGAAGUUAUAAUUAAUCAUUGGGGGAGUGGAACCGAUUUUUAACAAUAGUGGGUAUUUCUAAAAUUCACGUAAUUACACGGGAGUAAAGAUAAACGUUUGUAGUUUAGAAUUUUAGGAGCGUUAAAUUUAUUGAAACCAAAAGAGUAAUGCAGUAAUGAAAUCAUUGAAGAUGUAAGAAAUAUUUAAGUGAGGAUGUAGCUUAUUGUCCUGUCCAUUAAUGCAUUGAUGUUUUAUUUCACAUUUAUUUUCGUUCCCUUUGUAAUUGUAAAAUUUAAGAAUCUAUUGUUUGUAUCAAAUUUAAUGAAUGAAUAUACAAGUGAUAUUAAUCAAUUGUUAUAAUAAACAGAAGGAAAAUCUGCCUGUAAA